AUGCCCGCAAUAGGAGGAAAAUUAACCGUUCAACCACCUGAACCGGAACGACGUAUCAUGCUCACACCGGAAAAGUGUCAACAAUGCCCGAAAGCUGCCCAUCGCCCCCGCCUCCACCCCAUCCCGACCCACUCCACCGCGAAAAUCCGCCGCCCCGUCCCCGCCGAACACCGUCGUCGACUCGCAGUGCCGCACAACCUCUCCCGGCGUCGGGUACCCAGCUGUUCCCCGUCUGGAGCACGCGACCAAAGCAACCCAGAGCAAGAGAUCGGAUGUGGCGCGGACUUUGACGUGCGGUUGAGUGUCGGUGGCGGCGGCGAGCGUUCGGGUGAUGCACUGAGUGCGGUGGUCUUCGACGAGGCCACGUGUGAGUGGGGAAUUGCGCCAGACUGCCUCACGGUGCGGGUGCCGGCGGGCCUCGUCGCCAAGGCCGGUCAUGUGCCACCCAAUGGGGGAACCGCCUCCGAGGAGAAAGCCUCCAUACCGAGCGACAGCCUAGCAGAGUCUGAACCGGCACCUAAGGACAUGACAGCUGUCAAUGCGGGUGUCCACGAAUUGGCCGGCGUCCGCUUGCCCCUCCAGCCGUACUCGGGAGGUCAUGCGGUCUUCAUGUACAGCACAGCCGCCGACGGCAAUGUCACCCUCCAGCUCAAGGAAUCCGACGACUUGGACCGGUCGAGUCUUGCAGCGAUGCUGGCCAGGCUGCAGGACGACGCGACCUUCUCCAUUUCGUACCAGGACACGGACAUCCUCUCCGACGGCAGCAUCGACGUGCUACUGGGGACCGGUACGGCGAAUUCAGGUGGGAACGAAGCCGUUACAGCCACCUUCGACCUGUUCGACUCGUCGAGUGGCCCGGACCUGACUUUGUCCCCGCAGACCUUCACGAAUUCAGCUGAGGCCUUUAUCAACGACAACUCCAACAGUCUGGGAGUCCCAGCGGACAGCGAUGCAGUGUCGACGACGACGGAGGAUAAGAAGCCCGCCAACAACAACAACAACGCGUCGGAGGUGGUGAAGCUGACGGUGAAGAGGGCGCGACCGAAGGCGGCGUCGCCGAACAGACAGGGUCCCCAGCAGUGCCAGGUAUGUGCCAAAGUGUUUGGCAACGCCUCCGCCUUGGCCAAACACAAGCUCACCCACAGCGACGAGCGGAAAUACGUCUGUACCAUGUGUGGGAAAGCGUUCAAGCGGCAGGACCACCUGAACGGCCACAUGCUGACGCACCGCAACAAGAAGCCCUACGAGUGCAAGGCCGAAGGCUGUGGCAAAAGUUACUGUGAUGCUAGGUCUUUGCGGAGGCACACCGAGAACCACCACAGCUCGGCGACGGUCAACACGACGACGACGACGAUGUCGCCGGCGCAGGGGGCGGCGGCGGGGGACGCGGCCUCGCCGCACGGCUCCAGCUGCAUACAGUACGCGCCGCCCCCGACCUCCACCUCCAGCGGGAAGAGCCAGCUGCAGCAGCUGCUGGCCACCGAGCCGGCGAAGAGCGGCAGCGGCGGCAACAACGAUGGGUUAACCAAACAACAACUGGAUCUAAUACAUCAAAUAAUGGAACAAACCCAGAGACAAUCCCAGUCCGCCAGCAAACCAGCAACAAAGCCGGCCACAAAACCCAUUAACAAAACACCAGUCAAAGUGCAGAGGGUGUGGACGUCGACGACGCAGCAGACUUCAUCAAACAAAACAAGUGGGAGCGCUACGAGUCCGCAGGCGAAAGUUACCACGACCACCCCCUCGACCUCCCCGGCCGCCACCGCCGCCCCCAAUAAACCGGAGCCCAAGCCCGUCGAGUGCAACCUAUGUCACAGGAAAUUCAAAAACAUACCCGCCCUCAACGGGCACAUGCGGCUGCACGGCGGCUACUUCAAAAAGGACGCGGAGAACAAGAAAUGCGAAAAAAAAGACGCCACCGGCCCCCCGCUGCAGACGGCCAGCGUGAGCGUGCGGGCCCUCAUCGAAGAGAAGAUCAUCAACAAGCGCAUCACCAACCCGCAGACGUCGGCUGCGUCGGCGGCGUCGUCGUCGUCGGACGAGCCCCAGCAGAAGUCGACGGCCCCGCCCUUGUUCCCAUUAACUGUGCAUUCCUCUGCGAGCAACUCCAGCGACCUGGACACGAAAAUAACUUCUUUCGUCGUGCCGGCGCCACCCCAGCAGACGGCGGAGAAAGCGCGAAGACAUUCCGAUGCCGAGGCAUUCAACGUGUCCAGGACCUCCACCACCCAGCAGAAAGCUGAGGCUCUGGCAGAUCUCAUCCUCAAGAGAGACAAAGUCUCCGUGAAACGCACUACCUCCGAUCCGGGCCAAUCCUCGCAGAUCAUCCAGUUUCAGUCGGCGGAUUCCUUCACGUUGACCGGGGUCACGUACCAGUCGGAGGACGGGGAGUACCUGUCGCCGAGUCUCCAAGACGAGGUAGUCUUCACGCAGGUGCAGGACACGAUGCUCCUCCAGGGGGUGGACCCGCACCAGUUGGCGUCCAUCCAGUUCCAGACGGACACGCUGCUGCAGGACCAAAACGACCAGCAGCUGCAGGACAUCGCGCUGGAAGAUUACAGGAACCUGCAGGAGGCCGUGGUACAGUCCCCGUCGUACCAGUCGAGUCACUCGGUCAACCAGGAGCUGCAAGCGGUGCUGGACUCGCCCUUGCCGGAGAGUUUGGCCGAGUUUAGCACGUUCCAUUCGACCACCAACCUGGACAUACCGUCUCCGGGGUACCAGACGCAGUCGCCGGCACAGUUCACUGGGUCGCCGCACACUUCCCUCACCGCACAAUCGCCGCUGCAGAGUCCGCUGAUACGGCACGAUUCGCCAGGUUUUGCAUAUCCGACUCCUCCGGCUAGCCACGAGGGGCAGAGUCCGUGCUUCGGCCAGAACACGCUGCUGCCGAUGGUGUCUCCCAAGCAGAACGAGUUCGGGCAGGUGGUGGAGAGAGGCGUCGACGAGCCCCCGCAGGCUUCUAGCCCUCUGUCGGCCGCCUUCUUCACGUCGACGAUGUCGAGUUCGGCCGCCGUGGAGGAGGCGCUCGAAGAGGUUUUACCGGGGGAGAGUAUUCCGAACGACGACAUUUACCCGUUGACGAAUUCGCCGCCCCCGCAGUCCCCGUUGAGCGUGGGGUUGACGCCCGUGCCAUCGCCCCUUUCCAAUAUCGUGACGACUUCCGUGCCCUCUCCUCACCCGUCGACCACUUUCACACCCUCCCCCAACACCGUGACCUUCCCCAUGUCCCCACAUUACACCCUCCAGUCUCAGAUGAUGCCCAACUCCGAAGACCCUCUUCUGUCCAGCAGCCCCAAGGACUUUGCGGCUCGGAAGAAAUUCGAGUUCAACGGUGUCCCGUUGAGGGUCAUCAGCAACAACGGACUCCUGGACCUGAAUAGUGCUAACUUCGCCGGUAUCCUGGUGGACGCCAACGGCGAAAUCAAAUUCAUCCAGACCGGGGGUAACGCCUUCCAAGCCAAGAACUUCCUCGUAGCCAACACUUCCAUAAUCCCGACGCAAGAGGACGAGAAGAACGCCGCCCAGAAACAACAGAAGGUGCUCAAAAUUCCAACGAAACAAAUCAUCGCAAGGCCUAAGCAGAUAAACGACUUGAAAAGAGAAGAGAACAACGACGUGUUUCUCAGUCCCACAACGAUUCCCGCGAGUCCGGUGAGGGCUUCCAGGAAGCGGCCUAGAAGUGAGCCGCUCCAGCUCCCGGUUUUGCACCAGUCUAAGCUGAGGGCGACGCGGAGUAAGCCACAGGGCUGCGCCCCGUACACGCCCCAGCCGAUUUUGAACCCCCAGAGGCCCGGAACCGGGUUGUACGCGAACAUCAAGGUCAAAACAGAAGACGAGCCGAGCUGGAGCAGCGACCCGAUCCCGGAGAGCGACUCCACCCCGCACAUAAACGUGGGCCCUCAGUUCCAAUGCGCGAUACCUCCUUUUACGUCGGUUCCCAAUAGGACGAACCCGGAGCCGACUUACGAGGACCUCCUGUGGGACCCCGGCAUAAGCGGGUGCACAGAUAGUGAAGUUGACAUGUACUUGGAUUUCGCGUGCUGCGCUGCAGUUCCCGGUGGAGGGAGGAAUAAGGAGUACGCCAUGCACCUCUUACACUUGUGUGGCGGAAACAUACACGACGCGAUGCUGAAGCUCAUGCAGCCGGCGCCGAUCCUCCCCUCGGACCACCCGCUCCUGUGUUAUCAGUACAGCGAGAGCGAUAAGUGGACGUCGUCCGAAACUGAUAUAUUCCAUAAGGCGCUGCUGAAGUACGACAAGGACUUCCGCAGCAUUGCUCAAGAGAUCGGGACGAAAACCAUCAAACAGUGUAUACAGUUCUACUACGUCUGGAAGAAGGUGUGCAUUGACGAGUACCGCAAGCUCAAGUACCUGCGGGAACGGAGACACAGCCAUUCCAAGGGCACCGACUCGGAAUUGGAAGAGAAACUGUAUCCUGACGCCAAACUCUUAGGGAUCGUAGAUAGCGGUUCGCCGAUGCCCCUCCAGGAGACCCGGAGUUUCAUUUGCGAGUUCGCGGACUGCUCAGCUAGUUUUAACUCCCGCGCUGCCCUCAACGGGCACAUACGAAUCCACGGAGGAACCGCCCGGAACUCCCCGACGCCGUCUGCGAACGCAGACAAGCGCACUUUCUCCUCAGUAAGUUCCACCGUAUGUCAUCCCGACUCGACCGAAGAUUACCCCUGUAAGAUAUGCGGGAAAGUCUUUACAAAGAUCAAGAGCCGGAGCGCCCACAUGAAGUCGCAUCGGCCGCCAGACGCCGAGCCCGCGAAACGCAGAGAGAAAGAAGCGCAGCAUCCUUCGUGUACAAGCUUUGAACUUUCCGUGCCAAGCCCGUAUAACACUUAGUACUAGAAGUAUCCAAAUCAAAUCGUAAAACGAAUCAAAAGCAGGUAAAGGGCAAUCAAAAGUUUUCAGUUCGAGUCAGAUCAAAAAAAUAAAUAAACAAACAAACAAAAGAGCAGAUUUCUAACUACGUACUACAAAAGACAUGUAAAUUAUUCAGAGAAAUAAGAGAAUUAGAAAAUUGUAGGUAAAAUAUAGGUAGAGUAGUUGUACAAAUUGCAAUCCACAUAUUACAGAGAUUUAUAUUUAAUAUUGAUAGGGGUUGUGUGCGUUACAUUGUCGUAACGUUAGUGCCUUUUCGAAUGUCGAGUGAGACACUACUACGCUUGCGUUACAUUAUAGGUAACGGGGCGGUUUCAGUACCAUAGCGAUCUGGUAUUUUGAAUUAGUGCUCAGAAGUUCAACUUGCACGAUACUCGGUUUCCUUCUGUAAGUUCUCAUGAGCAAUAGAUCUGAACUCAAAAAAAAAAAAAAACUAAAUAAUCAAAUAUCAUAAUGGCCAUAAUAGCGCGAACUAUACGUAUUGCGGCGGCGGCGGCGGCCCCCGCGUCCUCGCCUGAAGUAUGUCGUGUAUUUGCUCAAACGUCACUUUUAUUAUUACUAUCGUUACUGUUAUUAGUUCGGUGGGUGUAGAGAAACUGAUAUUUUAUUAGCACUACUAAUUGUACGAGGUGUGAAUGUCUCCUAAAAUGUGCCACUGAGGCGCGGCGCGGGGGGCGGCGCGGCCGCCCACUUUUUUAAAGUUGGUACAAUUUGGUACUUUUAACUCUGUGUUGUGAUCUUUUUAAAAGUCUAUUACUAUGAAUCUAUUUAUAUUAAUACUUAAUAUAAUGAAUAUUUGUACAUGUUACUGUAUGUAUGAGAUUAGAUUAAUUAGGGUCGGCGCGUCGCCAGGGGAAGCCCCGGCCUUUUCCAGUAAAAAAAUGACAAUCCACUUCAUUUUAUUCGUAUUUAUGUAUCGGUGUUUUUUGAGUGUCUGCAAGACGUUAAACAUAGGUUAAGUGCUUAUAAUUAUAUCAUCCAGAUGUAUAUCGAACUCACUGUUGGAUGUUUCUCUCGAGAGAAAAUCAAAUGUUGUAUGUUUUACUUGAAACGCUCAUGAGGUACGUAGGUUAGGCGUGCUCGGGCUCCUCUGGCUGGGGCACGACCGAAGACUGGGCCACUUGGUGGUAGUCGGUAUCAGGUGCUCAGACCUAUCAAUUAAUUGUUGUUAAAUUAAUGUACCUACCUUUGAAUUGACAGGCAUUUGCUGUUGAAACAAAUUUUCAAUAGAGUAGUAGAAGAAGAAUUCAUUUCGACGCAGUGACUCAUAUCACUUUCCUUUUGUAUAAAAGAAAAAUUACUAUUACUAAAAAAAAAAAAUAAGACGCUGUCUAAUCACGGCCUAACGUUGUGGUGUAGUCGGAAAACUGAGACGAUUUACUUGUGAUAUACUGUUAAAUGUUGAAAUGUCUGUCAGUUCUCUAGAUGAUCACCUUGUGUUACGUAUAUGUGACUUGACACUAGAUCUUUUCAGUGUGAUUUGAGAACAAUCAUUCAUGUAAAAUAAACCUAAAAAUUGCUGUGGUCUUUCAAGAGAAAACUAUAUAUACAAUAACCUGACUGUCCAGCGUUGUUUUGAGGCAUUGCGACUGCCUAGCAGCUUUUAGUUGAGUCGUUUUAGUUAAUUCGGAACUAGUAUGAAUGUGUGCCUGUAUAAUAAUUUCAUUUGUGCCAACAUUGGAUAUCAUAGUUGAGCUUAGCAAAGUGUCAUGUAACAUAUUUUAGUAUAAAAGAUGCUUGUAUAUUUGUAAAUAGGCUAAAAUAUUUACCCUUUUUCGCACCGACAUCUGCCAACAAUCACGUUUUCAUCCGUUCUUUUCCACGUUUUGCGUUCGCACCGAUUCUUGGCACAUGUCGUGUUUUGUAAAUGUUUGAGGUUUUAUUGAUAGAUUUUUGCCAAAUUGUUUGACCCCAUUGCAUCGCCAUUUGUAGAGGGGACGUGUAGUAUGCAAUAAGCUAUACAUAAGAAAAUUUACUCUGUGUAUUACAAAAGUUUAACGAUCGCUCUUACUUUCCGUUUCGUCUGGCGCGACGUCGGGGACGGCGGCGACAGUGGUUGCUGCCGCCGCCCCCGACGCCGCGCACACAACGCUUCGUUCUGUCAAGAAUCAACAGAGAAUCGAGCCGUUCCCUAUCCGUACCUGACAUUUAACAUUUUCAUUCAUUGUUAUAUAGCCAUUUCGGUACUAACUGUAUUAACCCGUUGUGUUGUUUCCUUAGAGUUGAGUGCGUUUAAUACCUAAACAGAAAAGAAUAAAAACAGAGUAUUCCCCAACUAAAUAAAAUAAGAUAAAUUCGUGUAAUAUUUUACAUUUAUGAUGUCUCAAGAUGUUGUGCUCAUUUUAUAUCAAAUAACAAAUGUAAAUCUUUAAUCAAAUGUCAAUACUUGUAGCUCAAACUUUUUAUAUUUUUUUCAAAUCCGAAUAAUACAAUCUGUAGAUUUUUAUGACCGCGUGCGUCAUGACAGUGUGUUCAAAUUUGAGAUUUUUUGCAGUUGUACUUUUGUACCUCCAAAUUUUAUUUUCCGUCAUCAAUUUAUAGACAAUCCCUUCGGUCAAAUGAAACUAUAACUGCAACGAAACCUCAAUGUUGUAAAAAAAACGUAGAAAUACUCUACAUGCGUUUGUAACUGUAAUCCAGUUUUCUAUCUUGUGUUAUAUAUAUUAAUAAUUGUUUUGUUUGACUGUUUUAAAAAAGAUAUUUGUUGUUAAAUUCUGUCCAAAUAUUUCCAAACGUAUGUUUAAAAAAGUGUAUAUGUAUAUACUUGUAUUAUUGUAUGCACAAUAAAAU